AUCCAACUUUUAGCCUGCGUAUCAGGCGAUUUUAUUUUUGUAUCCACAUAUAUUCUUCAAAGGGGACGAUAAAACCAACUUGCAGCUUUUCCAGCUUUUCCGUACCCAGGGGUAGUGCAGGGGGUGCGAACGCACCCCCAACAACGGCCGAUGGUCCACUUUCGGUUCUCAAUAGAAGACUAGUCCAGACCUGGGACUCUCUUUGCGCUCGAUAUUCUGGCUCGCGUGAAAGAGGGUCCAGUAUUUAUUGGCAAGAAAAGCGUGCGCGAGGCGGCGUCUUCCUGCCGGCGUCGUGGAUCUAAAUCACUCUAAAACCAAAACUAUAAAACAUAAGCUAGAUCACUAAGGUGUGUAGCCAAAUCUGACAAUAAACGUCUCGUGGCGAUACGGAGAUACUACAAAGGCAUAGAAAAAAAUCCAUCUUUGUUCUUUCGUUUCUUUAGGUUUUUUUUUUUUCAUAAGCCAUGUAAAGGGGGAGAGUCCUCUGCUGUUCUCUUCUAUUUUGCUUGUCUAGCCCCCCACUCCACUCCCCGAAGGGGCGAGCUCUCGUAGACGUUCGUCACAAGCUGUUAACCUGGCACUACGCCACCAAUUGAGCAUGAACGAGUCUAGCGACAAGUCGCUUUGGAAAUCUGUUAAAAUAUAACCAACUAAAACCACUAUCUACGAUCUCUGGCUUCUUGAGAAGGUGUAUGGUGGCUUGAUACAGUUCCCUACAUUUGAUACGAAGAGGAAUCACAAGCCGUCAAAAAAGCCAAAUUUACAGAGCGGAAGUUGCAACGAAUGAAGUCUACCGAUCAUGGCUACCAAGUUCGAGCCAGAUUUUUUGCAUUCCCCGGCCGUAAUUUUGGAUUUUAAAGUUUUGCGUGAAAUUUCAUGUCUUCUUUGUACUCAAGGAGCUUUAGUUAACUGGAAACAUGUGGCCUGCGAACUUGGUUACUCUACUUCCGAGAUUACGGGAGAAUUUUCGAACUACAAUGGAUGCUUGCCCGCCGAGAGAGUGUUGUUAGAUUUUAUUCAUCGAAAAGGGGGGCGGAUACAGGAACUAGUAGACGUAUUUACCAAUCUAGAGCUUGCUGCAUGUCUUCAAGAGCUCGAAGCCUCCCAAAAAAGUGUAAAUGGUACAAACUGUGAAAAUGACAGUACAAAUAAUGCAAUAGAGCCAACAGCUGUUGAUUAUGGUAUCUCUGGUGAUGAAAAUUUAGAGCACAAAAAUGAGAUGAAAAAUCAGGAACUGGACAUUUUACGUGAAGAAAAGGAUUUAGAUGAGGAAAUCAAACCUGACACCACCAUUCUUGCUGCAUCUGAGCAGAAUGUAGCUGGGGGAUCAUUAAAGAAACAAGUUUGUAGUGAAACAGAAAACGGCGCUGUCAUGUCUAACCAGCAAGGAAUAGCCCCUUCCAACAAAGAGCAUACUGUCUGCCAACAUGAAGUUUUGAAUAACCAGUCCGUAGACAAUGGUUUCCCCACCAUUGUUGACUUUCCAGAGAGACCAUGUUUUAAUCGUUCUAAGUCGGUGCCACACAAGUCACCCUUCAAAGGGUUUAAAAAUAUUUUCAAAAGAUCUAGAUCUGUUGACUCAAGCAAGCUUCCGAGCUGCAAUGAAAACCCGGUUAUGAAAAAAAGACAUUCAAAAUCAUUUUCUUUUUGGAAAAAAAAUCAUAGGGACAAUAAACAACUAAAAGGCUCAUCAGUGAGGAAGGAGAAAGAGGUCCUGAAAAUAGACAUAUCUCCUGAUUCAGAUGGCAGUCCAAGCAUGCCAAGCCAAAUGGCAAAACCAUCAUCUACAACUUCUAUAGAGUCUGGAUAUAAGGCAGAAGACCAUGUUUUUCCUCAACUGCCACCUAAAUCCAGCACCAUAUAUGAGAACUCAAAAAAGAAGAUUUAUAUAAUCUGUGCUAGAGAUGAUCCAAAGAUCUUUGAGGAGGCUCUCAAGCUUUUUUGGCAGUUUCAAGUUGAGAAAGGCUAUCAGUGCCACAUGAGUUGUAUUGAUUACCAAGACUUCUGCUGCAAUCCAAACCGUUAUGUUUAUCAACAAAUACUCACUGCUGAUAAUGUAUUUCUUUGUGUCUCUGAGAAGUUGAAAGAGACAUUCGAGGCGAACAUGGAUGGGAUGAAGAGCUUUGAUGAUGACGAUGGACAGACCUUGAGGUUCUCAUCUGAUUUGAUCAUGGGUGAUGUGGCUAGCAAAGGAUGUAACGAAAAGGGCAAGUUUAUGACAAUCCUGCUAAGUGACGACUCUGACCAGCACAUUCCUCUCCUGAUGAGAAACUACUGCAAGUAUAAGUGGCCGUUACAAGAACGGAAGAUGGAGAAUACCAUCCACGGAAGAGCAGACGUUGAAAUGCCGCCCGUCAACAACACUCGCAAAGCACCUUCUCAGAAGGUUUCCACGGCUAAUGGCAUAAAGUCUGUCAUUGCUUCAAGAUGAAAAAGGAAACAAAACUGACAGAGAGCCGAAGUUUUUAGAGACGUAGAGAAGUUAGAAAGUUUACUUUGUUGAAAAUCAGGCUGCAUGAUUACACUACUGAUAGUAAAAUACUGUACAAGAAAAUGUAGUCAAAUAACGACUAGGAUUUUUACAAAUAACGCACUUAGAUGAAAAAAAAAAGUUCAAUCAUACAUCUAAAAGACUUUGAAAGGCAUAAUGUAUUUACAUAAAACCAUAAAUUAAAUGUUUAUAGUGUACAAUAUAUUCAAGUCACAUACAGCAGAAGCAGUAUUUUUCGCGGCGAUUUUGUGGAGCUAAGACUCCGAAAAACCGUUUGUUUUCAUAACGGGUUUUUUCUUGCGAGGGAAAACCUACGGACCGACGGUACUGUAGGUUACUGUAUCCAUAUUUCUUUAGUUGCCAAAUAUGCAUUUGGCGUAAAGGCCAUUAGUUGUAAAUAUAAAUUGUGAUACACUCUUGUAAACAUAAUUGUUGAAUUAAAAAUUGUUGGCCAUAAAGUGA